AAGAUUUCUUGUCGUUGCAAUCCAGCCAGUGCUUUGUGGAUCAGCAGUGCCUUUAGUGGAAGGCUCCUCCGAAGGAUCUUCCACCAAAAAAAAAAACUUCAGGAAUCACAAGAAGCUUCUAAACAGAUAAAAAAAUUCAGACGAUUGGACUGCUCAUUCACCAUUUGAACUAUGAGCUCUCUAUACGCAUUCCUGGUUAUCACAGAAACUUCUUCCAGUGCGGUGCCAAACGGGAUCACCCACAAUAAUGCCAUCGUAACCGACGGUUGGUGGCGUCACCAACUCUAAUAACUCCAUGGUCUCCCUGUCCGAGCCUCGUCUCCCGGGUCCAACCCUCGGUCGCGAAGGAGAAAUGGACUCGAUCCUUCUCCUCUCACUCCUCCUAAUACUACUAAAUUUCUCUCUCCUCCCUGCGACUCCCCUCGCCUUCGUCUUCCACAUCCCCUCCGGCCGCGUCAAAUGCCUCACAGAGGACCUCGCCGCCGGCGUCCUCUCCGUCGCGCACUUCCGCGUCGCCGAUGACCCGCCCUCCGCCCACAAGAUCUCCGCCAGCGUGAGUGAUCCCAAUGGAGAGAUCGUCCACAACGCGGAGAGCGUGGAGUCGGGGCAGUUCGCCUUCGAGGCGGGGAUCGCGGGGCGGUACACCGCGUGCUUCUGGUCCCCAAAGUUCCAGCUCGACGCCGCCGUCUCGCUGGAUUUCGAGUGGAAGACUGGGAUCUUCGCCAAGGUCUGGACCUCUGUCGCCAAGAAAGAGAAGAUCGAUGUGAUGGAGCUGGAGUUGAAGAAGUUGGAGUUAGUUAUUGACUCGAUACAUGAAGAGAUGAUAUUUCUGCAUCAGAGGGAGGCGGAAACACAGAGAUUAAAUCAAAGCACAACCUCAGGAAUGGGUUGGUUGAGUCUGUUAUCCCUUAUUGUUUGCUUGGGAGUUGCUGGUCUGCAGCUAUGGCAUUUGAAGACUUACUUUGAAAGAGCAAAAAUUCUGUGACAUCAUUAUGAGGAUACAUUAUAAUUUACCAUUAAAACAUGCUCCUGGCAGUUUUUUCAAUGUUCUAUUUGCUGGACUUGAACGGCCUACGAGGUCUCGGUGCAUUGUUCAGGCAAUUGGCACGUUCUGAUGGGAGUGCAUCCGGCAAUUAACCUGUUGUUCAUGGCCUUGGAUUUUGGCCUCAGCUUCUUGGACUUUUUGCGACUUUUUGUUACUUUUUGCGACUUUUUGUUCCCUUGUUUCUCUUUGGUUCAUUUUGUAAUGUUGUUACUUCUAUCUCUGUAUUUGGGCGUAUCACUUCUUCCUUGCUGGUUUCAGGGGGAGGUUCUGAGUGUGAGUUUUGUUCUCUGUUUUUCAGGCCUGAGCUUUGCCUCAGUUCUGAGUUUCGUACCCUCGUUUGAGUGUGCUGUUGUCUGUGGGAGCUUUUCUUCUCCCGCCUGUAUUCAUGGCAGCUUAAAUAGAACUUUUGUUAAUGUUUAGCAUAGCAUAUAGCUUCUACCAUAAAACAAGUGUAGCAUCUAGCUUUUCAACAGGAAGCUUCGUGAAAAAUAAAGGUGAGUAUUAUAUCCA